UAUUGCAGGAACUGUUACCAGAAUUAUCUGGAUUACCACCGCUGCCAGAAAGUGAAGGGCGAACAGUACGAGCCGUGCAAAUGGUACAAAUGGGCCUACACUGAACUCUGCCCCGUCUCAUGGCACGAGAAAUGGGACGAACAGAGACAGGAGGGCAUAUUCCCAGGAAGAAUAUGAGCGAUGAUAACACUUGUCGUUCACCACAAGAUAUUCUACUUUACUUUCAGUUUUACUUUGAGUUAACAAUUAGUGUAAUUAGAGAUUAAAAGCGAAAUACAAAAUCAGUUACAAUUAGUUAUUAAGAAAUAUUAAAUUAUCAAAAAUUGCUUUAAUAAAGAGUUCUUCACUAAAACGCGAAGAA